AUGACCAGGACGAAGCUUCGGCUCCUGGCGUCGACCGAACUCAAUCGCAUGCAUUUCCUUGAGGGAUUUGGUCAGGGAAAUUCUAUUGCUGACGGUUUCUUUCCUUUUCGUGCAUGCAUCAUCGUCCAUCCGCAGCUGUCGGGGAUGGGGGACUUCCUCGGAGAGAUGGCUGACAUGAUGAGCCAGGCCACGCCAACGGUAAAGCCCGCACCCGCACCCGCACCCUCCGCUGAAGAUCUGGAGCGUCCCUCGCGCGUCGAGAUCCGCGCGCUGACCGAAUCGUUCCGUAUACGUGCAGGAGACCUUCGAGGAGCUGCAGCAGGUGUUCGUGGACAUGUUCUAGGACGAUCUGGACGACGCCGGGUUCUUCGGCGGGCUUCCGACGACGGGCCGCAGGGCCCAGGCACCGGCCAGCACCUCGUUGCCGCCGUCGAUGUCGUCGUCGUCGCCGUUGCGGCCGACGCCUGCUGCUGCUGGAAGAAACAAGGGUGCGGCACCGUCGUCGUCGUCGUUUAA